AACGCAACGUAAUCCUCUAUACCUCACCUCUCAUAACCACCAUAUCCAAAAUGAAGAGAGAAGGUCGUCAACACGGUGUUGUUCGGAGCUACGCAAUCCUCCCGACUCCCUUAUCGCAACGGAGAUAUGUGAAGACGGUGGAUUCCGCCACCGUUGCAGGUGUGUUCACCAAGGUGUUACGGAAGCCCACGAAUCAAUCCAAGUUCACCGGAAAAUGUGCAGGUAAGACACGAUGCCUUGGUUGUCAUCUUCAUCCGGCGUGUAAAUCCAAAGACAAGGCCAAGGGCACUAUGAAGUUCAGAUCGAUCGGAUCUGAUCCUGGACUCAUUGCUUGUGGUACUUCUGCUACCGGUGUUUUAGCUUAUUUAGCUAGCGAGGGAAGUUAUGAUGAUGAUGAUGAUGAUGAUGAUGAUGAUGGCGAUGAAUAUGAGAAUGCAAUUGAUGAUUAUGAAUAUAGCUACGAUUAUGAUGAUAAUACUAAUUGUAACGUUGAAAUUGGGAUUGGACUUGCAUCAAUCGUAACAGAGGAGCAUAUUGUAGUUGAAGAAGAUGAAGAUGAUUUCAUGAGUUAUUGUGAUGUAGGGCUGUGUUUGGGAGAUACGGAUGCAGAUGAGCAUGAAGAUGAUGGAUGGUAUAUGGUUGGACAAAUUCAGUGAUUCAAUUAAUUUGAUCAAAUGGAGGAUCAUCAAAUCAUGUUCUUCCUUGUUCAUAUUGAAGGUAUUAUUGUUGUACUGGUUUCUAUCUGUACAAUAAUGGAGUCAUAAUUGUUUAAUAAAACUGAUUGCUUGUAUUUUAUGCAUCAAC